AUGAUUUACGACAAUCGAUACACCUCAUUACUGGCGCUUUGUGCUCUGACCUUGGCUGUAUCAGCCGGCAGUCUUCUUCUACCUUCUGUUAAACAGUCAAGUAAAAAGGACCUAAAAUUACCCCGUCGCGAGAAGUUACCAAAACAUCUUGAAAUUUGGAAAUUUCUCAGCUUGGAAGACUACAUUGAGGCCUGGGGCGAACUUCGACCUCUUUUCGAGCGGAAUGGAUUUCAGCUGUGGAAGACAACAACCUUUCAACAAGUUUGGAAUAAUGACCUUCCGCCACAGGGUGAUAACUUUCUCUACCUGACUUCACACGACAAACCGAAUAAAUCCUUGGUAAGGUGGAACACGUUUAGUGUUUUGACAGCAUGCCUUCACCACGCUGCUCGUAUGAACGGUGUUCGCGAUGUUGUUCUGCGUGUUGUCUCUAUAUCGGGCGAAGGCCAAACCCACCUGCGAAUAUUAAAGCGGCUAGUGUCCCCUCCGGAUCAUAUGUUAAGCAGCAAUCACAUUCUGCCCAUAUUGCACGAGUUUUCUUUCGAAGAUAUCGUCAUUAUCGCUGUCCCAAAGCUUAUUUUCGAUCUCCGUGAAGUCCUUCACUAUACACAUUCAAACUCUGUCGAAGAUGCCUUGUACAUGGUGCUCCAGGCCCUCGAGGCGAGUUCACGUUCUUUCUACCCCAGAUCCGACAUGUAUUUACCAAUAACCUUACAGACAACUGCAUAUAUCCAUGAUAAACUUAUUGCGCAUCGCGACUUGUAUCUACCUAACUUUAUGGUUGAAUGGAUGCCCGAAUCAUUGUCCAAACUUGACUUUCUAGAGGACUCUUUAGAGUCAGAUAGGGUGUGCACAUCAUUUCAUCGGGACUUAGACCAGUUCGGUCGCUACAUUGCACCAGAACUCAGAACGAAGGAGCCAUAUUGCCCCUUUAAACUCGACAUGUGGCAGUUGGGUGAAGAUCUCCGUGUUAACUUUGUGACUGGCAUGGAAGAGGUCGACCGAUUAUGGCUACCUCUCUGUGUACCUGACCCUCAGGAACGUUUGAUGGCUGGUGGUGCAUUAAAAGCUCUUGAUGACUACCUGCGUAAAACUCCCUCUAUUGAUCUCCACAGACCGAUAUUAGACCCAUUGAAUGAACCAAUGUAUGAAGGCAUCCUUUAG